AUGCCAAGUCCUUCUGACUCACAUUAUGAAGGAACAAGAGGUACAUCUGAAGUAUCUCUCCAUUCUAAUGCUCCAAGGCUAGGAAUUUUCAAUGCGCCAAUCCCGCCAUUUCAGUCGCAGCAAAGUUUGGAAAGCCCGCUGAAGGAAACAAGACCCUCAGAUCUCCAGAAUGAACGCACUGGAGAAAAUUCCACACCUUCUGGUGUUAAUUCUUUGGGCGAAAGGUAUGGCACUGUGCCGACUCCGGGGAGCUAUUAUAGACAAUACUUGAAAUUUGUGGAAAAGCAGUCGAAAAUUGGGGACUUUUCCGAAGCCAAGCACAAGGAAGAGAGAGAAACCGCUGCAACCCCUGCCACUUCUAAUUCGUCGGUUGAAUCAAGCUCUUUUCAAUUUCAAUGUGAUGGAAUGAAAGAUCUUCCUGAGGGUCGUAUCUAUUCAAGUUCUUCUUCGGGCCAAUCGAGUAGUGACGAGGAACUAGAGGCUAAAACAUUGCGAAAUAAACAUCGUAUGACCUUUCUCAUCGGUUGUCGAAAAAUCAAAGACGAUUGCAAAGCUGGGAAUUUUCCGGUGAAUGUUGUCAACAGAGCAAAGUACCUAUGGGAAAUUCUCUUCGAAGCCAAGGACUAUUGCCUCUGCUUUGAUGGAAUAAUGGGUAAAUUGCAAGCCUUGCUUGUUGCUCUGUGCAUCUAUACUGCAUGCCAGCAGUGCAACUUUUCUCGAACCUUCACUGCAAUUCGUAUUCUCACAAAUACUUUGUCAUCAGAAUACGAAGAGUCAAUCGAUAAAUCUCUUGAGAUUCUUCGGGAGUUCAGGAUUGAGACGCAAUGCUCCUGCUUGAGAACUUUUACCCCAGAAUUGCUGUCAGGUCUGCAUAAGCUACAUAAGGAAAGUAUGUCAAGUGGCACAUUGGAACCAUUGAAGUCAUGUAUGAGAUGUUCGGAGGCAUAUCCCAUGAGCUGUGCGACUAAGUCCAAUGCGCUUAUUGACACUCCUAAGCCAGGUGAUUUGGUUUGUCGACGAUGCGUCCCCUGCACUAUCCACCCUCACGUGGAGCAAAACCCUUUGAACUUGGCAGAUAAGGCCUUGAGACUCGCUUUCAGCAGUGCUGUUUCCAAGGAUAGAAAAAGGAUUGAAAAGGAAUCAAGCGCUGAUUCAUCAGGUGACGAGAUGAGCGGAACCUCCCGACAAGGACAACCAGAAGCCAAUAUUACAGGCAACAGGAAGUACCGCAAAGUCGCAAAAGAAUUAAAUGACGUUCACGAUGCAUACGUUGCCGCUCUCGAAGACAAUUCCUCUGAAACUACAAUGCCAGAUUCGCCGGCUCAAAAUCAACAAAUAGAAACCGAGACAUCCUUAUUUCCUAUAGAUAUUGCUAAGAAACGGAAGAUGUGA